CCCCCAGAUGCGGGGGGGAGGGACGGGGAUUCAUUCACAGUGGCUCCAGCAGGACCUCCUCCUCCUUUGAGAGGGCAUGCUGCGGGGGGGGGGGGAGAGAAAGCAGGAGCCACACUCAAUCUCCGCUAAGAGAGGGACCCACACACACACCGGGAGCGCUUCCAAGCCCAGCCCCUCGCAGCAGCCCAGCCGCCGCAGUCCCCCUCUCCGCUCCUCAGGGCUCUUUGUUGGAAGGCGCCGACAGGGGGCUGAGUCACCAUGUCCUCCACCAAGAAAGGCUUUUACCGGCAGGAAAUCACGAAAACCUUAUGGGAGGUGCGGGAGCGCUACCGGGACCUGCAGCCGGUGGGCUCCGGAGCCUACGGCGCUGUCUGCUCAGCUAUCGAUGGAAGAAAUGGCACCAAAGUGGCUAUCAAGAAACUGUACCGCCCAUUUCAGUCCGAACUCUUUGCCAAACGAGCCUACCGGGAACUGCGCCUCCUGAAACACAUGAAGCAUGAAAAUGUUAUUGGAAUAUUGGAUGUGUUCACACCAGAUGUAACACUGGAAAAAUUUAAUGAUUUCUACCUAGUCAUGCCAUUUAUGGGAACAGACUUGAGUAAGAUAAUGAAGCAUGAGAAACUAACUGAAGAUCGAAUCCAGUUCCUGGUCUAUCAGAUGUUAAAAGGCCUAAAGUAUAUCCAUUCAGCAGGCAUAAUUCACAGGGAUCUAAAGCCUGGAAAUUUAGCAGUAAAUGAAGACUGUGAAUUGAAGAUUCUGGAUUUUGGGCUGGCAAGGCAUACAGAUAGUGAAAUGACAGGCUACGUGGUUACUCGAUGGUACAGAGCCCCAGAGGUUAUACUUAAUUGGAUGCAUUAUACUCAAACAGUUGACAUUUGGUCAGUGGGCUGUAUUAUGGCAGAAAUGAUAACAGGGAGGCCACUGUUCAAAGGAAAUGAUCAUCUGGACCAGCUCACAGAAAUAAUGAAGAUAACAGGCACACCAACUCAAGAUUUUGUUCAGAAACUACAGAGUCAAGAUGCAAAAAAUUAUAUCAAAAGCCUCCCAAAGGUGCAGAAAAAAGACUUUGCAGCCAUCUUGAAGUAUGCAAAUCCUUUGGCUGUAAACCUUUUGGAGAAGAUGCUGGUGUUAGAUGCAGAGAAGAGAAUAACAGCAGUAGAAGCUUUAGCGCAUCCUUAUUUUGAAUCAAUUCACGAUCCUGAAGAGGAAACUGAGGCAGAGAAAUAUGAUGACACAUUUGACAAUAUGGAUUUGCCACUGGAUGAGUGGAAGCGCAUUACCUAUAAAGAGGUAAUAAACUUCAAGCCAUCUCCCCUGCCUGAGUCAAAGGAAACAGCAGUGUAACCGUAUGAACCAUCUCUUCAAAAAUCAAAAGCAGCAGGAAGGGUGUAAAUGCUUGUGAUAACUCAGUUGUACAAACCUUUUUAUAAACAAACUGGAUGUAAUCUGUUAUAUGUGUAUUCUAAGGAAUAAUGGUGUUUUUACUCUAACUAGGAAGCUAGUGCCUUUGGAAGUAGCAUUUCAAGACUGUCUGGAAACUUACCUCUAUCCAAAUUUUGUCAUCUUUUUGUGCAAAUUUGUGGUUUCAUUUAAUCAAAGUACUCCUCAAAACACCAGGGUUUUCAUGAAUGUGCUUUUAGACCAGGUAUUGUUAACUUGGGUCAGAGUAAUAGAGUAAUAGUUAACACCUUAAGCAAUCUGAGGCUAAAUGGACAAGUGUUUUCCUCUUCCUACAUGAAUGGAGGGGAGUAUGAGCCCCUGGAGCCAAGCCCAGAAGGCAUCAAGGGGAGUGUGCUGGCUUCCCUCUUGGUUCUUUCCUUCCUGCAGAUGCCAAUUUGUGGAUGAUCUGCAGAUUGUGAGGGAACAAAAAUGUUGCCGGAUAGGCUCAACAAACCUACUCUGAGGGGUGUGCACAAGAGGCAGCAGUGGCAGUCAGGGUCACCCAUGGCUGUAAGAGUUUUAGCAGGGGACUGAUAGAGCCACAAGUGGUCCUGAUUUUAAAUAAUACAGUAUUUUCUUCCUCUUCUGAAUAACUUGCUCUCACUUUAUAUAGUGGAGUAGAGGGUCCUGGUUUCCAGGGGGAAAUUGUGAGGAUUUACAACAUUCUAUAAGCUCUGUAAUUUCUUCAUAGUUUUGAUGUAGUGAUUGAAAAUGUACAUAGUGAUCGGGGAGGGGGAGGAUCAGUGUGUGGAUAUGAGUUAGAAAUAAAGCUACAUGCACAGUGUCACUUCAUGACAAUAGGGAUGGGGAAAAUAAUACUUUUAUUCUUCGUCUGACCUGCAGCUAGAUAUUUUGUUCUCAUUGUACAGGCAGUAUUAGGUGUACAGAACGAAUCGUUUUUAAAUCUCAUUAUCUCAUUCUCUUGUGAAAAAUAAUCCCUUGACAGAAGGUACAAUAUCCACAGGAGACAUCUACCUGAUGAGUUACUCUGGGAUAUUGGUUAGAAGCUUCUAUGGGUUCUUCAGCUGUGUUCAUCUCUUGCACUUUCCUAGCUGUUUAGUUCAUAAUAAUCUCAGGGGAGCAGGAAAUGGAAAUUGACAAACCUUUGUACAUGUUUUUAUCAUUAAAGCUCAUCUCUUUAAAAAUUGAAUACUUGCAUAAGGGUUACUCCCACUACAAUGUGCUGCUUUGCGUCAGUGCCAAGUGGAACAUCUGUGGAAAGAGAUAUUUGAUCUUAGCAGCUAAUAACUGGAAAGAAACCCAGAGAUGGCUCAGCUGACUUAUUUUUUGACUCAAACAUUUUAAACUGAAAGGCUUCAUCAACUUGGUUUUUAAUGAUUGUUUAAUAUAAAGCUCUAUAAAUACCAGUAUCUAGCCGAGAGGUAUUUGUGAUGAACACUGAGCAGCCAGAAGAGGUACAGGGAGAGAGGAAAUGGUAGCUAAAACCAUGCAAUUUUAUGCAUGCAUAGAUAAACCUUUAAAAAAACAAACAACAUGCAUAAAAAGAGGCAGUAAAUACAUCCCAAAGGAAAACCUUUUAGCACAUCAGACACUAAGAAAUGCACAUGUUGGGAGUCAUGUUCCAUUUUGCCACUACCAUUUGUUCUCACCUUGAGCUUGGUCUUAUGUUAUUAAAAGUAAAUAAGUGCUUUGUCAUUUACUUCAAUGGGCACAGGAUCAGGUCCUUUAAUAGAGGAGAGUUGAAGGUAUUUUGCUCUCAGCAACUUGCCAGAUCAGACCCAGAGUUUCCGUAUACAGAUGGUCUCAGACUGAUCCAGCAAGUUGCUGAGAGCAAAAUACCUUCAACUCUCAUGGAAGGUAAUGGCAGUUAAUGUUGGAUAGAGCUAGUCAGGAAAAACGAGACAAACACUUCAAUGCAUUUUUUUCAAAGUUUGUGUUGCUGUAUUUUUUUAAAAUACAUUUCCAAACUCUAAAUUUCACCAAACUUUUGGAAAUUUUAAAAAUUCCUUCCUGCACUACAGUUGGUCAAAUCUCAGAAUGACUGUUUUGUGAAAAAUGUCAAUUCUAUUUUUCCUGUCUGGUUUUUUUUUUUUCAUUGAGAUUUGGAAAAUGUUGACCCAUUCUGCUGCUCAGUACUUAUUAGGAUCAUGCGACAUCUUCUGCAUUGGCUUGGAGAUGGACUUUUGCCUCUCAACUUACCAUGAUUUCUAAAUGUAGAGGUGGACAGGCACAAUGACACAUAAGCAAAAGAAUUUUAUUUUUUCUAAAACAUCAGUGAAUAUAAGACUGCCUUAUUUUUUUAACCCUUUCUUGGGAAAAAAAAAAAAACCAAUGUUGAAAAGAAGGCCUUAAUGAAAUAUACAGAAUUCUGAAUCCUCAAAGAGCUUAAGCUAAGAAAAAUUGCUGAGGAGAGCAAUAGGGAUCAUUAGUAUGAAUAGCUUAUAAAAGAAAUGUGAACGUGGAGGAAAGUGUACUUUGUGUGAUACAACUGCUGAUUCAAAGGGGGAGGCUAAGUUUCAUAGGUUUUUAUUUGCUAUUUCUACUGGUGCUAGGCAACUCAGGUCAAUAAGAACCCAAUUUCUGUUUGCCUUAAGGAGAAAUGUAAAUAUGAUCUGCAUGUACUCAACAUUUAUUGUGAAAAAUAAACUGUUUUUUUAAUAA